UCUCUCACAAAAACAAGAGAAUUGCAGUUAUAAAGAAGUAAAAGAAACUAAGGUCCAAGAAAUGGCGACGAACAUCGGAAUGAUGGAUUCUGCUUACUUCGUAGGAAGAUCAGAAAUCCUUGCCUGGAUCAACUCAACUCUUCAACUCAAUCUUUCUAAGGUCGAAGAGGCCGCGCCCGGUGCUAUCCAGUGCCAACUGAUGGACGCUGCUCACCCAGGGAUCGUUCCGAUGCAUAAGGUCAACUUUGAUGCCAAGAGCGAAUACGAGAUGAUCCAGAACUACAAGGUUCUUCAGGAUGUCUUCAAUAAACUCAAGAUCACAAAGCACAUUGAAGUGAACAAGCUAGUGAAGGGAAGACCCCUUGAUAACCUGGAGUUCAUGCAGUGGAUGAAGAGAUACUGUGAUUCCGUCAAUGGUGGACUUCUGCACAGUUACAAUCCUCUGGAAAGGAGAGAGACUUGCAAAGGUGGAAAAGAAACAAGCAAGAGAACUGCACCCACACAGGCUUCAACCAAGUCCUCAACCACUGCUUCCAAAACUCAUUCCUCUCACAAUAGUCGAAGGAACGAGGCAUCUUCUGUUAGCUCAACUAAUCCAUCCCUUAAGACUGCAAAACCUGCUUCUAAUGGACCAUCUGCUUUUAAUGGAGGGCCUGCUUAUGAUGAACAGAUCACCGAGCUGAAGCUCUCAGUAGAUAGCCUUGAGAAGGAGAGAGAUUUCUACUUUGCGAAAUUGAGGGAUAUUGAAAUUUUAUGCCAGAGUCCUGAAAUUGAGCACUUACCGAUUGUCAGUGCGAUACAGAGGAUAUUAUAUGCAGCUGAUGACAGUGGUUCAGCAGUGGCAGAAGCACAAGCCAUGAUAUCCCAGCAACAGAAUCAUCCAAAGUCUUUGAGUCCUGUUCUUGAGGUUGAGGAAGAGACUCCAAAAAUAGAAACUCAGAAGAGGAAAAAUAUCUUGACUCUUGAGGUUGAUAGUGUGGCCAAUUCAACAUUGUCUCCAAGACAAAGGAUAUCUGAUGCAUCUGAUGUCCAUUGUAGUGGCUCUCCACUCAUUAGUUGUUGAGACCCUUCCUGUGCAAAGAAUCAUGUUACUUGGAUUGAAUCAGGUGUGCCUAUUCAUUCCAGCACUUUAGGAUAACUGUGGAGGGAGGAGACUGCAUCAGAUGAACCCUGUUACCCUGUUUUUUUUUUGUAGAGUUGGAAAAUGAUAAAUGAUGCCAUUUCUGUAUGGCUUUACACCACUUAGAGUUUGCUAAAUUUUUAGCAGCUAGCCUUCUUUUGAUGUAUCAUUUUGUCAAUCUGAGAAAUUACCUAUGUCAAAAUAUUUGAACAUCAUAUUGAAUCUUUGAAUUUCUUUUUCUUCACUUCAUUUAAAGCAAGUAUGUCUGUGUGUUUUGGGA